GAUAUUAAUAUUGUCUACUUAUACGGUACCUUUAUACAAACCAAUGCAAGGUUUCCAAGCAGCAUCGAGGAAAUGAGUAAAACCCACCUUGCCUAGCACGUGCAGACAAGAUCCAGGAGGCCCCCAGAUCAUCCCUGGCCAGGUACAAUCUCCUACCCCUCCUCCAAGCCCCGUCUCCCACCAUCACGGCGUAGGACCUACGCCAAUGUUAGCACAGGGUUUAAUCAAAGCAAUGAAAGGAAGACUUAUCUCCACAAAAAGUUGGGAGGGGCUGCCUCUGUCCGAAUCACCGGAACAAGAGGCAGCCCAGGACUACCCAUCCAUAGGGCCUGUCCUAUUUUCUUUUAAUUCACCACAGCAAGCUCCGAUAGGCCGCGAACCCCCCCAAACACCUGAGACCUCCGCACCUACACAGCCAAGAUGGAAACGAUUGCCUCCACCCAAGAAGUCAGACAAACUACACAGUGCUACCCAGGGCAGACAAGCACUAAGCUUUGACACCAACUCGAGAUGGGUCCCGCCUUGGACACCGUGUAAUCUCCUUCAUCCUCAAAUAGAGACAACAGAAUCCAAAUUAGUAGGGCAGGUUGAAUGGAAGAAUCUCACCACUACAUCCGACCUUUCGCAACCAUACAUUUUCAUCGCCAAGCCGCAACCGUAUCAGACCUGAUGGAUCGAGACCGUCAUUCUAACAUCUGUGAAUCAAAACCCGACAGUGGACCGGACAAACAACGGACUUGGCCCUGAACGAGCAAGUACCUCGGCGCGGACCAG